AUGGCGGCCCUCGCUACCAAGCUUGCGCUCACCAGCUCCCCAUGCCUCUCAUCCGUGUCCCUCCGACGGGGAUCCGCCCUCCCCGUCGUGUCGGUCGCGUCUCUCAGGAAGACCCGCGCUGCUGCCGGUCGCGUCGUGGCCUCCGCCGCGACCACCGAUAUCGAGGAGCUCGUUUCGCAGAUUAAGAACCUCACCCUCAUUCAGGCCAGGACUCUCACUGACAGGCUGCAGGAGGAGCUCGGCGUGUCUGCCGCUGCCAUGAUGCCGGUCGCCGGCAUUGCCGCUCCCGCCGCCGGCGAGGCCGCUGCCGUGGUUGAGGAGCAGACCGAGUUCGAUCUGCUUCUGGAGGAGGUCCCCGCGUCGUCGCGUAUCGCCGUGAUCAAGGUCGUGCGAGCAAUCACCGGCCUUGGCUUGAAGGAGGCCAAGGACAUGAUUGAGGGUCUUCCUAAGAAGGUUAAGGAGGCUGUUGCUAAGGAGGAUGCGGAGGAUGCCAAGAAGCAACUGGAGGGUGCCGGUGCCAAGUGCAGCAUCAAGUGUCCGAGAGGUCUCUUUGGUGUCAUGGUGGAAUUCUUUGAGACGUUUGACGAGGAUUACGCUGGUCGCUGGGUCGUUUCUAGCAGCGUAGACUACACGGGCAAAUGGAAAUGGGCUGCCGGCGAAGCUUCGGGCGAUUACGGGCUGCUGGUAACCGAGAAGGCGAAGAAGUACGGCAUCGCAGCGGAGCUCCCUGAGCCCGUGGAUCCGAAGAAGGACACCCUGGUGCUGCAGUACGACGUGCGCCUGCAGAACAACCUCGAGUGUGGCGGAGCGUAUCUCAAGUUCCUCAUGCCGCAGACCGCGGGCUGGACUCCGAGCCAAUUCAAGGACGACUCGCCUUACUCAAUCAUGUUCGGACCCGACAAGUGCGGCUCGACGAAUAAAGUGCACUUUAUUUUCCGCCACAAGUCGCCCAAGACGGGCGAGUACGUGGAGCACCACAUGAAGAAGCCCGCGUCGCCCUACACAUUCGACAAGCUCAGCCACGUGUACACGGCAAUCGUGUACCCGAACAACACGGUGGAGAUUCUUAUCGACGGGGAGAAGAAGGCGGAGGGCGAUCUGCUCUCCGGGAAGGAUUUCCAGCCGCCCGUGCUGCCGCCGAAGACGAUUCCGGAUCCCGAGGAUAAGAAGCCCGAUGACUGGGACGAGCGCGCCAAGAUCAAGGACCCCGAGGCGACCAAGCCGGACGACUGGGACGAGGACGCUCCCCGCGAGAUCCCCGACGAGGAUGCCGCUAAGCCCGAGGGGUGGCUGGAUGACGAACCCGAGGAGGUGGACGAUCCCGAGGCGAAGAAGCCCGAGGACUGGGACGAGGAGGAGGACGGCGAGUGGGAGCCGCCCAAAACCCCGAACCCCAAGUGCGAGGAGGCACCCGGGUGCGGCGAGUGGAAGCGGCCAAUGAAGCGCAACCCCGCGUACAAGGGCAAGUGGACGGCUCCGCUCAUCGACAACCCCGCGUACAAGGGCGCGUGGAAGGCUCGGGACAUCCCGAAUCCGGACUACUUCCACCUGGACCGGCCGGACCUCGAGAGCGUCGCUGCCGUGGGAAUUGAAAUCUGGACCAUGUCGGACGGCAUUCUCUUUGACAACAUCCUCGUUACAAGCGACCCCGCUGUAGCAGAGAAGUACCGGAGGGAGCGAUGGGCGACCAAGUUCGCCAAGGAGAAGGAGGCGGAGCAGAAGAAGCGCGAGGAGGAGGAUGCUAAGCUCAAGAAGGAGUCCGCUGGCAAGGGCGGAUGGGAGGGCAAGCUGUUUGAGACGCUCCACAAGAUUGCAGACGCGCCUCCUCUCAAGCCUGUUCGCCCGCAGCUCAAGGCCAUCCUAGCAGAGGCAGUCAAGUACCCGUACGCAGCAGUGGGCGUCAUCAGCCUCAUCCCACUCGUGCCCUUCCUGCUGCUCGUCUCUGUGCUGCUCUCCUCACCUAAGCGGCCGGCAGGGCAGGUCUCAGUAGAGAGGGCCAAGAAGGAGGACAUUACCACACCUGAUGAUGCUCCAGAGGAGAGCAAAGAGGAGCCAAAGGAGGUGGCCAAGGAAGAGGCUGAGGCUGUUGCAGCAGAUCAGCCUAACGAGGGCCCCACUGAGCCUGCUAAAGCAGAGGAGCCCGCCGAGCCUGCAGCUUCGGAACCCCAGCCUGCGGGUGUGGAGGAAGAGGCGAAGGAGGGGGGUGAGACCAAGGUGAGGCGGCGCACACGCAGGGAUUGA